AUGUCUGCUCAUCUGCAAUGGAUGAUUGUUCACAACAAUCCUUCCUAUUUAAGGGACAAGCAAACUUACAGCAUGGAGUCCAACAAACUUAAGGCCCGUAACUCCUUCUGUUACAAUGGUCAUACAGUAGGAGUAGAACCAAUUGCUGAUGGAAAAGGUAUUGCUGUAGUCUUUAAGAAGUGUGCAGGCCAGCGAAAACCAGUCACGUCCUACGAAAAAAUCACCAUCAACAAGAAAGCACGGGCCACUCUCAGCAGCCUCCACUAUAUUAUUUGCAAGAAUAAUUACCGCAAGGAUCUGCACAUGGCUGCCUUACAUCAGGCCAGUGCAAUUCUGCGCAGCCAGAAGCCCAUGGUAGUGAAGAAGAGGACUCAGGCUCCCAAGACUGCAUAA